AUGCCCCGCGCAACAUCAUCGUCGAAGCCUGAAGAGGGCUCCGUUCAGUGUGAAAUUUGUCAAGCAAUCAUUGCUCGCAAACAAGAUUUCCCUCGCCAUAUGCGGAUUCAUAGCGACAAACGAGAUGAGAUAAUCUUCAAAUGUCCUUGGCCCGGAUGUGCCUAUGAGAGUCUGCAGAGAAGUAAUGUCGACAUCCAUCAUCGUAUACAUACACAAGAGAAAUCCAAAGCAUGUCCUGAUUGUGAUUUCACUACCAGUGAUCCCGGAUCCUUGACGCGCCACCGGAAGAGAUUUCAUGGAUAUCAACCCAAAGCUAAAACGGCCUAG